AUGGUCACAAAAGCAACUAGCAGCUCCGCCAUCGCGGCGGCUGUAUUUAUGGUGGCCGCUCUGAUCACCGCCGUCCUCUCUGACGACAUGCUUCCAGUUCCCGGCGACAAGUCCCAACUUACGAAAUGGUUCAACGACAACGUGAAGCCACUGUCGUCGUCACGGAUUGAAAUGAAUAAUAAUAAGGGCCUAAGAAUAAUAAACCCUAAACUUGCAGCUGCAGAAAAACGAGUGAAGGUGGUGAAGGUGAAGAAAGAUGGAAGCGGAGACUUCAAGACGGUGUCAGACGCCAUUAAAGCCAUCCCUGAAGGUAACAGGAGGAGAGUGAUAGUGUAUGUUGGAAGUGUGACUUACUUUGAGAAGAUAAAGAUAGAGAAGACGAAGCCUUUUGUAACUCUGUUUGGUGAUCCUAAGAAUUUCCCAAACUUGACCUUCGAUGGAACUGCACAAAGAUUUGGAACUGUGGAUAGUGCUUCCUUGAUUGUUGAAUCCGACUAUUUCGUUGUUGCCAAUCUCGUUAUUUCGAACUCGGCACCGAUGCCUGACGGGAGAAGGGAGGGAGCUCAGGCGGUGGCGCUGCGAGUUUCCGGCAACAAUUCGGCAUUCUACAACUGCGUGCUAUUAGGGUUUCAAGACACACUCUGUGACGAUAGGGGAAACCAUUUGUUCAAGGACUGCACAAUCCAAGGCACAGUGGACUUCAUAUUUGGGAGUGGCAAGUCCUUGUACUUGAACACGAAGCUCAUCGUGGUGGGGACAGUCGGCGGCGUGAUCGCGGCUCAGGCGAGGGAGAGCGACGACGACACCAUCGGCUAUUCCUUUGUUCACUGCGACAUAAGUGGCACCGCCAGUGGCACCUUCUUGGGAAGAGCCUGGAUGGCUUAUGGCAGAGUUGUGUACGCUUAUAGCACCAUUAGCAACAUUAUUACUCCUCUUGGUUGGAACAUUAACAACCAUCCUGCUAUGGCCCAGACUGUAUAUUUUGGAGAGUACCAGAAUAGUGGAGAUGGUGCAAAUACAAAAGGACGAGCCCCGUUCACAAAGAUACUAAAUGACGCUGAUGCGAAGCAAUUCAUCUCUCUUGGCUUCAUUGAAGCUUCUAAGUGGCUGCUUCCUCCUCCUCAAGCCUAA